UGUAAAUGCAUCAUAAACAGACAGCCCAGAAUGAAGAAAGCAAGCAGGAGUGUUGGCUCGGUGCCCAAAGUGCCUGGAGUAAAUAAAACUCAAACAACUGAAAAAGCCAAACCAGAAAACGGCUCCUCAGUGUCUGCAGUAACAAAACUCCCCAAAACCGGGACAUCAGCAUCUCUUUUGAAGACUAAGAGUAAUGAUGACCUCUUAGCAGGGAUGGCUGGUGGCGGUGGAGUGACAAUGACCAAUGGCGUCAAGGCAAAGAAGAACACUUGUGUAUCAACAGCAUCUUCAGCUUCAGGGACGACCAUGAACAGUCUGGAAAAUAAACCCAAAACUAUUACAGGUACAAGUUCUACAACUAAGCGUAGCACUUCAUCUGGAAAUAAAGAGUCAAGUUCUUCUAGAGAAAGAAUACGCGAUCGUUCUCGUUUAAGCCAGAGCAAAAAGCUACCUUUGACUGGACAGGGGACCAAUGAUACGGUACUGGCAAAACGCUCCCGUAGUCGCACCAAUCCAGAAUCAGAUAUUCGAAUGAGCAAGUCCAAAUCGGACAAUCAAAUCAGUGACAAAGCUGCAUUGGAAGCAAAGGUGAAUGAUCUUUUGACAUUAGCAAAAACUAAAGAUGUGGAAAUCUUGCAUCUGAGGAAUGAACUAAGGGAUAUGCGUGCUCAGCUAGGACUUAACGAAGAUCAACUUGAAGGUGAUGAAAAAUCUGAAGAAAAAGAGGCCAUUGUUGUCCAUCAGCCAACUGAUGUAGAGUCUACGUUGCUACAGUUACAGGAACAAAACACUGCCAUCCGAGAAGAGCUGAACCAGCUGAAGAAUGAGAAUCGAAUGUUAAAAGACAGGCUAAAUGCAUUAGGCUUUUCUUUGGAACAAAGGCUGGACAACUCUGAAAAACUCUUUGGCUAUCAGUCUUUGAGUCCAGAGAUUGCAGCUGGCAACCACAGUGAUGGUGGUGGUACUUUGACAUCUUCAGUGGAAGGUUCUGCUCCUGGAUCAAUGGAAGACUUGUUAAGUCAGGAUGAAAACACUUUGAUGGACAACCAACAUAGUAAUUCCAUGGAUAAUUUAGACAGUGAGUGCAGUGAAGUUUAUCAGCCACUGACAUCAAGCGAUGAUGCCUUAGAUGCUCCAUCGUCUUCUGAGUCUGAAGGCGUACCAAGUAUAGAAAGAUCUAGGAAAGGAAGCAGUGGCAAUGCAAGUGAAGUGUCUGUAGCCUGUCUGACAGAACGGAUACAUCAGAUGGAAGAGAAUCAACACAGUACAGCUGAAGAGCUCCAAGCCACACUUCAAGAGCUUGCAGAUUUGCAACAAAUAACACAAGAGCUAAACAGUGAGAAUGAAAGACUUGGAGAGGAAAAAGUAAUCCUUAUGGAAUCUUUGUGCCAGCAAAGUGACAAAUUAGAACACUUCAGCCGUCAGAUCGAGUAUUUUCGAUCCCUUUUAGAUGAACACCAUAUUUCAUAUGUAAUUGAUGAGGAUAUGAAAAGUGGUCGCUACAUGGAGUUAGAGCAACGUUAUAUGGACCUUGCAGAGAACGCUCGGUUUGAGCGAGAGCAGCUGUUAGGUGUUCAGCAGCACUUGAGCAACACUUUGAAGAUGGCAGAACAAGACAACAAAGAGGCCCAAGAAAUGAUAGGGGCAUUAAAAGAACGAAAUCAUCACAUGGAACGGAUUAUUGAGUCAGAGCAGAAAAGCAAAACUGCGAUAGCAUCUACCUUAGAGGAGUACAAAGCCACAGUAGCCAGUGACCAGAUUGAGAUGAACAGGCUGAAAGCUCAGUUAGAGCAUGAAAAGCAGAAAGUGGCUGAGUUGUAUUCGAUACACAACUCUGGAGAUAAAUCAGAUAUACAAGAUUUGCUGGAGAGUGUCAGGCUGGAUAAAGAAAAAGCAGAGGCAUUGGCCAGUAGUCUGCAAGAAGAGCUGGCACACACUCGCAAUGAUGCCAAUCGAUUGCAAGAUGCCAUUGCUAAGGUUGAAGAUGAAUACAGAGUGUUCCAAGAAGAAGCCAAGAAACAAAUUGAGGAUCUCAAUGUGACUCUAGAAAAACUUCGGACAGAACUAGAUGAAAAAGAGACUGAGAGAAGUGACAUGAAAGAAACUAUAUUUGAGUUGGAGGACGAAGUAGAGCAGCAUCGUGCUGUGAAGCUUCAUGACAAUCUCAUCAUAUCUGAUUUGGAGAAUACAGUUAAAAAACUUCAGGACCAAAAGCAUGACAUGGAAAGGGAGAUAAAGAAUCUUCACAGGAGACUCCGGGAGGAGUCAGCAGAAUGGCGUCAGUUCCAAGCUGAUCUACAGACUGCAGUGGUUAUAGCAAAUGAUAUAAAAUCUGAGGCCCAGGAAGAGAUAGGAGACCUGAAGCGUAGAUUACAUGAAGCUCAGGAGAAAAAUGAGAAGCUCACUAAAGAGUUGGAGGAAAUAAAGUCACGCAAGCAGGAAGAGGAACGUGGUCGAGUGUACAAUUACAUGAAUGCUGUAGAGAGAGAUUUGGCAGCUCUGAGACAAGGAAUGGGCCUGAGUCGCAGAUCAUCCACCUCCUCAGAGCCAACUCCUACUGUAAAAACACUCAUCAAGUCAUUUGACAGUGCUUCCCAAGUUCCAAGCCCUGCUGCUGCAACAAUUCCUCGCACUCCCCUGAGCCCAAGUCCCAUGAAAACUCCCCCGGCUGCUGCUGUAUCCCCUAUGCAGAGGCAUUCUAUAAGUGGACCAAUCUCAGCUUCAAAACCCCUUGCUACACUGACAGACAAAAGACCAAGCUAUGCCGAAAUCCCUGUUCAAGAACAUUUGUUGAGAACAUCUUCUACGAGCAGGCCAGCGUCUUUGCCAAGAGUACCUGCUAUGGAAAGUGCCAAAUCUAUUUCUGUCUCUCGAAGAAGUAGUGAAGAAAUAAAACGGGAUAUCAGUGCACCUGAUGGAGCAUCUCCAGCAUCUCUCAUGGCAAUGGGUACCACCUCACCACAGCUGUCACUCUCAUCUUCUCCUACGGCAUCAGUCACCCCUACAACCAGAAGUCGAAUAAGGGAAGAGAGGAAAGAUCCCUUGUCUGCCCUAGCAAGAGAAUAUGGAGGAUCCAAGAGAAAUGCCUUGCUGAAGUGGUGCCAGAAAAAAACAGAAGGAUAUCAGAAUAUCGACAUAACAAACUUCAGCAGUAGCUGGAAUGAUGGCUUGGCUUUCUGUGCAGUCCUCCAUACUUACCUCCCAGCCCAUAUUCCUUAUCAAGAACUAAACAGCCAGGAUAAGGUACGACAUUAA